CCUACGAUGACUUCGAUGACGUCACUCCCGUCAGUGCUCAGUCACAUUCCUGCACACCUCGCGCCGUCUGUCCUGUACACAGACAGAGUUACGCCACACGGAUUAAACUGAUGCAGAAGAGCAGAAUGAACUCCUCCAACCUGGAUCUGACUUUUCAUCCACCGGUUUCAUCGACUUAUUAAAGAGGUGGUUGCUAAGAGAUGACAAUCGGCAACAUGUGUGAGAGCCUCUGUUGUAGAGCAGCCUGAAGCUUCACUUCUCCAGGAUCUGUUUCCUCCACACCUCCGUGAGCACCUGGCUCAUGUAAACGACGCAGGAAAACGUUCUCAAAUCAACAAACUCACAGACACCAUGGCAGCUUUUACUGCUCCGUGUGCCGUCACUGACACCAUGACCAACACUGUGGACCGGACAGCGUGGCACAGGCAAGGGAAUGGAGAUGAGGAGGGUAAAUGUGAGGACGAAGACGUGGGACAGAGAAGAGUUCUGGAGUUCUUCCAGAUGUGUGACAUCGAGAACAAGGGCUUCAUCAGCCGGCGUGACAUGCAGAGGCUGAACGGAGGGCUCCCUCUCAGUGCGGAGGAGUUGGAGAACGUGUUUGAUACCCUCGAUUCUGACGGCAAUGGAUUCCUCACCCUGGAUGAGUUCUCCUCCGGCUUCAGUGAGUUUUUAUUCGGCCAGAAGAUCACUGUAGUGGACAACAUGGGGGAGGAGAACACUGGUAAAAGUCCUGAGGUCCUGUACCAGAGCCAGUGGGAGGAGAGGUUGAUGAGAGGAGAAGACGAUGAAGAGGAGAAACACUUCAGCAUGCUUAUGGAGAGCCUCGGAGCCAACAGUGUCUUUGAGGAUCCUGCUGAGGUGCGUAGUUUAUGGGCCCAGCUGCGGCGGGAUGAACCUCACCUUCUGUCCAACUUUGAAGACUUCCUCGCCAGAGUAACAUCCCAGAUCAUAGAGGCCAACCAGGAGAAGAGAGAGAUGGAGAGCGCUCUGAAAAGGAAAGCAGCAACACACGAUGAUGAGAUCCAGCGGCUUUACGAGGAAAUGGAACAUCAAAUCAAAACUGAAAAAGACAGGAUUGUUCUGCAGGACUAUGAGCGGUAUCUGUCUCGCAGUCAGGAUCUGGAGCUGCAGCUGUCCAGCAAAGAGAAGGAGCUGGAGCAUAUCUUUCAGAAACAGAGGAGGUUGGAGCUUCAGUGUCAGGACCUUCACAGCGAACAACAUGAGACAAAGGUGGAGAAUGUGAAGCUAAAGCAGACAAAUGAUGAGUUAGCUCGAGAGCUGGAGAGCACCAGCCAGGAGCUGAUGUUAGCUCAGGACCAGCUGAGUAUGCUGCAGGAGCAGUCCACGCGGCUCCACGAGGACAAGGAGAUGGAAAUCUACAGACUGACCGAGGGACUUCAGCGAGAGCGAGCAAGCCUCCUCAAACAGCUGGACCUUUUGAGGGAAAUGAACAAACAUUUACGGGAUGAAAAAGACAUUUGUUAUCAGACACCGAAGAACUCUAAUCAGGCUCUGGGUUUGAAGCAGAGGUCUUCAAUCGGUGCUAUGAAACACACAGAUGUCUUUAAGAGUGAGGAUGAAGAGGAGCAGACCAUGAACUCUCUCAGGCUCAACCUGGCCAACGGCUCGUGUCGGUCGAGAGGACACCUCCAGAGGAUCAUCUCCAUCGAGGAGGACCACCUCCCACACCUACUCCAGACUGACUGUCAGGCCCAUAGCCCGCUUCAGGAGUGCAGUGAGGGAGAGGGAGCCUCAGAGGAAGAGGAGAACAUAGACUUGGUGAUGAGCGAUAUUUACCCGCCUGCCUCCAACGCCCAGCAGCAGAAGAGAAAGGGAGAGGAAAGGAAAACGCCGACGUCUCCGAGGGGUCAGCCUGUUGGCAAAGAGACCAGCAUAAAUGGGGAAGGAGGUCCCUCGCCGCCCGACUGCCUCUUCAAGAUCGUCCUGGUGGGGAACUCAAGCGUAGGAAAGACGUCCCUCCUUCGACGAUUUUGUGAUGACUGCUUCCACCCGGGCACUUCUGCCACUGUUGGUAUAGAUUACAGUGUAAAGACAAUAACUGUGGACAGCAGCCAGGUGGCGCUGCAGAUGUGGGAUACAGCAGGACAGGAGAGGUAUCGGAGCAUCACCAAACAGUUCUUCCGUAAAGCUGAUGGCGUGGUGGUGAUGUAUGACAUCACAGCCGAGGAUAGCUUCACGGCUGUCAGACAGUGGCUGACAAGUGUUAAGGAGAGUGCGGGCGAGGACAUCCCCAUCAUGCUCCUGGCAAACAAAACGGACAAGGAGACGGAGAGACAAGUUCAGAGAGGAGUCGGUGAAAGACUCUCCAAGGACUGCCAGAUGAGCUUCUACGAGUGCAGCGCCUUCUCCGGACAAAAUGUGGUGGAGUCCAUGGUUAAUUUAGCCAGGAUCCUGAAAGAGCAAGAGGACAGAGAGAAGGAGAAAACGGUGCAGCUGGACGGCAGCCCCGUAGAAAAGAAGAAAUCCUGCUGCUAACACACACACACACACACCACACAGAGAGAGAGAGAGAGAGAGAGAGAGAGAGAGAGAGAGGAGAGAGAGAGAGAGAGAGAGAGAGAGAGAGAGAGAGAGAGAGAGAGAGUGAAGCACUACCCUUUACAGAGAUACACACUGUGACAGUGGGAGCACAGGUGCCACAGAGGACACUUUAUUGUGACUGCUUUUCACACUGUCUUCCACCAUGUAGCACUGUGGGAACACCAACACCAGGAUCAAUACUGAGUGUUUGUUUUUGUCGUAUGUCACGGAUGUUUUUGCACUUUUGUAAACAGUUUACUACCCAGAUUAUGUACCGCUCGAGGAACAUUGUAAUUUUGUGUGUAUGAAGGAAAAUAGUGAUAAUAUACAGCUGAUCAAAUCAAAGUCAAACUGAGUGUGUUUUGAAACAAACUUUGAAUUCUCAUUUUAAAACAUCUGACUGAAGCUCAAAGGUUUUAAUUUAGCCUCCACAGACCCUUCACCCGUCAUAUGUGGGCUUUUAUUCCUUUUAUCUUUAUGCUGUUUGGAGAGUUUUUUACCUUUGUUUUCUCUUUUUAAAAAGUGCACGACGAACACUAACACAUGAGCAGGUAAAUAUAAUUAAUGUUGAACAACCUUGUAGUUAUCACUAGUUAGCUUAGCUUUCAUGUUCAGUCUUUGGUCAGAUAGGCAAUGAUUUAACUGUCGGAGCUGAGAUCAGGUGUAGUUCUUUGUUGUAUUUCAGGACAUCACUUUGGUGUGUUUGGGUGAAAACAACUUUUUCUUGUUUUUUUCACUGAAACGUGUGCAGUGAAAUCUCAAACUAAAGCUUCAAAUCUUGUAUUUCCUGCAGAGCUGUGUUAUUUAAAAGUUGUUUUUGUUUUGCAGGUGUUUAGAUGAAUUGUUGUUUGUAAGUUAUUAUUGAUUUGUAACACUGUAAAAGUUCUCCAUGAUGUGUUUUCUAUUGAGUGAACUGAAAAUAUACUCUCUUAUUUUUCCCUUGACAGAAGGAAUAAAAUUUAGUGCAAGGAUGUUAAUUUUAGAAUGCCAAGUUUGGUGCCAAGUAUUUUUGUAAAAAUAAAUGUGAUUUAAAUACAAAUGCUGUUAGGUAAGUUAUCAAUCAAUCAAUCAAUCAGACUUUAUUUAUAAAGCGCUUUUCAUACAAGUUAUGUCAUUUGUAAGCACAGGUAAGAAACACUGUGAAAGGUUUAGGUUAAAAGAAGGGACAUAUUGUGCUUUAGUGUACAGGUGCAGCUCAAAAAAUUAGAAUAUCAUGAAAAAGUUCAAAAAUUUUUGUCACUUAAGUCAGAAAGUGAAACACAUAUUAUAUUGAUUCAUUACACAUAAAGUGACAUAUUUCAAGCCUUAAUUCUUGUAAUUUUGAAGAUUAUGGCUUACAGAUAAUGUAAACCCAAAAUCAUUGUCUCAGAAAAUUUGAAUAUUACAUAAGAUCAAUAAAAAAAGGACAUAUUAAACAGAAAUGUCAGGCUUCUGAAAAGUAUUUUCAUUUCAUUUCACAAGUAUUUGGGUUUCAUGUACUUAAUAAUGAUGUCCUGAAGCUACUGAUUUCCUAGUUAUUGAAACAGAAGUUUAAACGCAAACUAACCAACUGGUAUGAAGAUAAAAAAACACACUGAACACAAUCCACAGUGUCUGAUCUGAGUCUGCUGGUUCACGAUGUCUUAUUGGUUUGCAGAGUUUGGCUAACACUAGCAGAGCUAGCACCACCACCCUUCAGUCCUCCUUCCAGGUUAGCAUCCAAAUGCCUUUGCUUUGUUAAGUCAACUAAAACGAACAUCCUUUGUACCAAUACAACAUAAACCAAAUUAAGGCAAACUAAGUCUGUUUAAACUCUAGUCUUCAACACUGACAAGCCUAAAGAGACUGAAUACUUAUGCACGAUAUCCAUGUCUUGGUUCAGUACAUUGACAUAUAUUUUGCCAUCUACUUGGGUGUGUUGGAUAUGCACGUAUAACUUUAAUAUUUUUUACAAAACUAUUGAGCAAAGAGACAAAGUACCUGUUUCAGAAAGGACAAGGAUCAGAUUAUUGGUCCUGUAGAGCCGCUCUGACUUCAUUCAUUAAAGAUACAGAGACAACAAAGAGAAGCUUUUUUAUUGAUCCCGGAAGGGAAGCAUUAUGAAAUUUGAAUCUUAGUCUUUCUUAUACUUAGGAGUGCCUCAACAACAGAUUAUUCAUUUCUUAUUUAUUGACAAGAUUAUAAAUGUUUUUAUCACUAUCUGUCACGAGUAGCAGGAAAUUAUUGGUGUUUGCUAAAGAAUGACUUCACUGUUAAAAAGAUCAGAUUUUAAACUUUGAUAUACUGCCACUAAUAUUGCUUUGCUACCACCAGUGGUAAUGUUAUGUAAAUAAACAUGCUGAUAUCAUGAAAUACAAUUAAAGACACGUUUGUGUAUCAUCACCUGUAAA